AUGAUCGGUUCCUAUGACCCCAAAUCAUCAUCUUCCCCAAUCUUCAACCGAUCGUACAGUAUUCACUCUACACCCACUGAUUCCACAAAACCUAACCCUAAUUCUUCACUCCAACGCUCCGAUUCCGUCAAGAACUUCCCCGAUUCAAUCAAAGGCAAAGUCAAGAGCCUAUGCAGCAUAUUCGAAGCUCGUAGGGUACCAAAAUCCAAAACGCGAACGAAACUGAAACCAGAAAAGUUAAUUUCAUCAAACGAAUCGUCUGCAAUUCGAUUAGCUGGAACAGAGGAUCGUGUGGUGAUCUACUUCACGAGCUUACGUGGAAUCCGAAGAACGUACGAAGAUUGUUACGCAGUAAGAAUGAUUUUGAAGUUCUUUAGGGUUUAUAUCGACGAACGAGAUGUUUCAAUGGACUCUGCGUAUAGAAAUGAGUUAUUAAACAUCUCCGUCGACCACCACCACACGAGAGAGGGGUGCUUGUUUUGA